AUGGUGUCUCCUACGACAUCAGAAGCCGCGGCGGCAAUGACUAUCUCUUAUGGAGAGACUGGUAUCCGGGCACUUUUGCGUCAGCCUUACAUAUUAUUCAUGGCGGUCUUUGCUAGUAUCGGUGGCAUGCUCUUUGGUUACGACCAAGGUGUCAUUAGUGGAGUCUUGGUGAUGAAUAACUUUGGCAAACAAUUCCCCCUUCUUGCAUCAAACUCAACACUUCAAGGAUGGAUGGUAGCAGUCCUUACUCUGGGAGCCAUGGUUGGUGCACUAGCAAAUGGUCCUAUUGCCGACCGCCUCUCACGUCGAUGGUCCAUUCUUCUCGCCAACUGUAUCUUCCUUGUCGGUUCAAUCAUCCAAGCUGCUGCCAAAAACCUCUCCAUGAUUUUUGUUGGUCGUUUCAUCGCAGGCCUGGCCAUUGGUGGGCUAUCCAUGGUUAUCCCGCUAUAUAUUAGCGAGUUGGCUCCGUCGAAUGUUCGAGGCAGCUUGGUCUCGUUGCAACAACUCAGCAUUACUUUCGGUAUCAUGAUUGCUUUCUGGAUCGACUACGGCACACAGCAUAUUGGAGGAACGGGGGAUGGUCAGUCUCCAAUCGCUUGGAGGCUUCCCCUCGCGUUGCAAUGUAUUCCUUCCUUGGUACUAUUAGUGGGUACAUUCUUUUUGCCAUACAGCCCCCGGUGGCUGCUUUUGAAAGAUCGUGAAGAGGAAGCAGAGGCAACACUGCUCCGUAUUCGCCGUGUUCCAGAUAUAGACCCCCGCAUCAGACUCGAGUUGCUCGAAAUCAAAGCAGCGGUGCAAUUCGAUCGCGAGACAACUUCAGUCCUCUACCCGCAUGCAAUAACAUCGCUCCAGGUAACUCUGGAGAGGUACAAGUCCCUUAUAACAGUUCGGCAUCUUAACCGACGUUUAUUCAUCGCAUGCCUGAUGCAGUUUAUUCAACAAUUCACAGGUAUCAAUGCUAUUAUCUACUACGCACCCCAAAUCUUCGAGAAUAUCGGCAUGACUGGUGAGUCAGUUGACUUGCUUGCAACUGGCGUGGUAGGAAUCAUCGAUUUUGUUUUUACGAUUCCUGCUAUCUUGUUCAUGGACCAAUGGGGUCGCAAGAAGGUGUUGAUCGUUGGCGGCAUUGGGAUGUCCAUAUCUCAACUGCUCGUUGCUACAAUAUACGCCGUAUACAAUGGGUCCUGGGGGAGUCAUCCGGCUGCUGGAUGGGCUUGUGCUGCAUUCGUGUGGGCUUAUAUCGCAAACUUUGCCUUCAGCAUCGGUUGUGUUAACUGGAUUAUCCCCUCUGAGAUCUUCCCGCCUGGUGUUCGAUCACAAGCUGUGGGGCUGGCCAUUGGCACUAACUGGCUGAGCAACUUCAUUGUAGCAUUGAUCUAUCCAAGGAUGCUGGGUGCUAUCAAAUUUGGCACUUUCUACUUCUUCCUUGCAUUUUGCGUCUUCCUUAUCGUCUGGGUUUAUCUCUUUGUCCCAGAGACCCGGGGCAUUGGUAUAGAGGAAAUGGAUAAGAUCUUCGGGGGUAACCAAGGGGAAGCUGAUAUGAUAAGAAUGGCAAAUAUCAGGCGGCGACUUGGAAUUUCGGUUGAUGUUUCCGAAGACUCGGAUGUCAAAGAUCUCGAUAUUGGCGUUUCGCAGAUUGAGCAUGCCUGA